CCUCCAUCGUGUUCAUACCUUGUCAUUCGAUAAGCACGGUCGCCAACAAGGAAAUGGAGAAUUGACUGAUUCUUUUCGGUUACGCGUAUUUAGAAAUCGUAAAGUUUAAUCGUUGGUGACCUCGAGACUACUAAAUAGGCAACGGAUCCCUAUUUAAAAUUGGAGGAAUUAAAUUAUGAGUCGCCAUCAAACUUGAACAGGUAUCGGAAAUUCAAAAAUCGGCCGGCCUCUUGCGGAAACGAAACUUGACAAGAUAAUGUUUUCAAGGGGCUGGGCCUUAAGCAAUUAUCACCACAAAACCAGCUGCUGCUAAACAAAUAUAUUCACUCGUUCGAGUCUUUGUUUACACAUGCAGCAUGAGUACUGCCGUUGGAAUCAGUUUUCCAUUAAUGUAUUUUAUGGCAGGUCAGCAGAAGUUUGGAUAACGCGUAACCGUGUCCAUCCGAUGGCUACCAACUGGUGACCCGUGGACAGUCAGGCAUGGCGGAUAUAAUUUCGCUGAGCUCUGCGAGUGAGGAAGACUCUGACAUCGAGGUUGUUGGUGUCUACAGCGACACUGAAAGGAAAACCGAGACAAUACCAUUCAUCCGAGGAGAAUGGAUAAACCUUGCUGCAUAUGCACCGUUUGUCUUUGAUCUCACUGCUCAUGGGUGGGCUCUCCCGCCUCCCAGAAGGCGCAGGAGACGAAAUCCAUCCGCGCCAGUGGAAGUAGUGGACUUAAGUGACGAGAGUGGCCUUGAAGAUGAAGCUGAGAGGUCACUGAGUCCGUUGUCCCAGGGAGGUAAAGGUUUGAAGAGAUUUAGCAACAAGAGUCAAACUCCUCAAAGAAGAGUUUCCGAUUCUCCAGAUUGCUCUCCAAAGGAACAGCAUCCCGGUUGCCCGCCAGCGCUUCAGGAGGGCCAAGACAAUGACAUCCAGGAACUCCAGCAGCAGUCUUUAAUUCUCAGGAAUACUUUCACUGUUCAAACAGAUGGAGAUAUUGAGAUUUCCUCAGACAGGGACAUUCCAGACGACAAUGUCAAAUCACCAAGUGUGCCAGCAUCUAAACUCACAGAGGAAGUUACAGCGCUGUCGGAUCCAGUCACUAAGGAAUCUCAACAACUCCCAGCCAUACUUCUAGACGAGGAGAAGGAGCUUCCAGGAUAUCCAAACAGCGACACUGUAACCAUGUCAACCGAUGGAUCUCAACCUGAACAAAGGCCUGCUGUAGAGAAUGAGGACGCUCAGCCUCUCAUGACUGUUGGCUGGGAUUAUCACACAGAGGGGCCAGAGACCAGAGCAGAGUCACCGCCUUCACCCCCCCCAGGAGACAGCACCCGCCCUGCCCUGCCUCUGAACCAGCCAGACAGCACCAGCCCUGCCCUGCCUCUGAACCAGCCAGACAGCACCAGCCCUGCCCUGCCUCUGAACCAGCCAGACAGCACCAGCCCUGCCCUGCCUCUGAACCAGCCAGACAGCACCAGCCCAGUCCUGCCUCAGAAUCAGCCAUACAGCCCCUCCCAAUCCCCAGAAAAAGUAGAUUUUGUGGAUUAUUGUGACUUUGCCAUUCACGACUCGCUGGAGAUGGAGCCGUACUCACCUACACAGAGCCCCUAUGAGUGGUCUCCUUCCUCUUCCCCUCAAGCCAGCUUAAAGGAUGGAAUUUCCUGUCUGGGCCAGGAGGGCAUGGAGGAAAGGUGGUAUAGGGAGAGCAUCUCUCCACAGCACCAUACGGGAGCACAGCCGUUAGUAAACCAGCCACAGGAAGCCAUACCUAGUGAUGUAUCCAAGCCCUGCUCUACCUCUCCCUUCCUAGAACCAGAAAAUGACUCUCCCCUACUACCUCCACAACCUCCCCAAAUGUCCCCCCUCCUCCAUCAUGCCCACCAAAGUCCCCCUCUCCAAACGUCCCAGUCUGACAGCCUUAAGAGCCGGUCUGAACUGCCUCUGUCUCCCAGCUCCAUGGCUCUACCUGCCAGGGGCUUCCCAGACCAAGAGCCCCUACAAGAGCAGCCUCCAGAGGUGCCGCUUGUGGGGUCCGCUCCGAGCCAUCCGGCAUCCAGCUACAGCAUCCCCAGCGACCCCCCCAUGUCAGUGACCAACACGGAGGAUCUGGAGCAGGACCCGGGGCCCUGGAGACCCCCCGGGGCGGGGCCGGGGGACAGGUCCGGUCUGUGGCUGGAGGGGAGUGACGAGGAGGCGGUGAGAGGCAGGGAGGUGGCUGAUAUGGGUGUCAGCGAGGAGGACAGGCAGUACGUGUGUCCGGUUCAACUCAGGAAAUUCCGACCGCUGAUGGCCGGACCGCUGCAAUCACUAGAGGAUGUGGAGGAGGAGGACGAUGGCUUCGGAGCCCCGGAGCAGCUGUGCAGACAGGGCCUGAGCCUGGUCUAUAGCACCAUGGAGGAGAGCUACCCGGAGGGCACUCUGCAGCUGCUGUCGGACCUGCUGCACCCGCGCUUUUACCCCCCCAGGGACAUCACCACCCACCUGCUCAGGGACAUCCUGCUGGACCCCCGCGCCCCACGCAGCCUCCGCUUCCAGGCCUUCUCUCUGCUCAUGAGGACACAGAGGCACCACCCUGCAGAAAAGGGAACCAUUCCAUGGGACUGGGAGCUGCUGACAUCAGUUAUGACUGAACAGGACAGUCCCAAAAGACACAGUAGUGAGGCAGUGUGCAUGCUGCUGCAGUACACCCUGCAGACGCUGGAGGACGACUUCCGGGUCAAACUGUCGCAGCGUGACCUCCCUCACAGCAUCGCCAAGGCAACCCUGUCUUGCGACUCGGGCCGGGUCAGUGAUGUCAUCAGCUGGCUGCUGACUUCCAUAGUCAAGUCAACGGGGGUCAGUGACGCCAAAGAGAGGGAUGAUCAUCUAAAGAUGGUGCUGCUGCUGCAGAAGAUGCUGGUCCUGUCCCUGGAGGUGGACUGCUGUCCUGGGGUCAGUGCCAACAAGCUGGCCCAGAGGCUGGUUCACUCCUGCUCCAGCACCCUGCGCCAGCACCGGAUGCUGCUCCUGGAGACCCUGGAGAGCAGGCUGCUGAGAUGCAGGCUUCUGGAGCAGAUGCUGGAGCAGGCCUGUCCACACACCACCUCCCUCCCCAUGUCCCUGGCUCUGCUGCUCCACUUCCUGAAGCACUGCACUCUGACCCCUGACCCCACGGAUGGAGCGGACAGGGAGUUGGGCUGGGAGGAGCUGGUGCAGCUGCUGUGGAUGCUGCUGCUUAGUCACGAGGAGGUGGUGAAAGGUCACCUGCACUGCCCUGUCACAGAGCGAGCAGGAAACGCCCGCCCGCCCGUCCAGGUGGUCACCAACACUGUGUCGCGAUCGGACGUACAGGGAGCCGUGGAGGACUUCCUGUUGCGGUCCCAGGCAGACCUGGGCCGGACGCUGCCUCUACAUGUUCACGAGUCUCUGACCUACCUCCAGGACCAUAUGAUGGACUCCUGUCAGUGUUGACCCUAGGUUUUUACAAUACUGUAAAAGUCUUCAUGUACAUACAAUUAGUUUUGAAUUUUUCAAUUUAAAAUAUUUUGUUUUAUAAUAUCCAUGUGAGGUUUUUGUAAUAUGAUAAAAAAGUUUUUAAAAA